CAGAGAAAGAUAACGAGGGGAGGAGGAGGAGGAAGAAGGCGAUGUGGAGGAAAAGUCGAUGGCGGGGGAGGAUGACUGUGGGAAGGAGUGGGUGGAAGAUGGCGACGGGAAGGUGGGGUAGAUAGAGGAGGGCGACGAUGGGGAGGAAAGACGACGGGAAAGUGGAGACGAUGGAGGGGGGAAGGUGGUGGAGGAUAUGGAGGUGGAAGACGACAACGGUGACGGGACGAUGACUGCAGGGAAAGAUGACUGCGGGGAGGAGCGGGUGAAAGAUGGCGACGGGAAGGUGGGGCUGAUGGUGGAGGGUGACGAUGGGGAGGAAAGACGACAGGAAGGUGGAGACGAUGGAGGAGGGAAGGUGGUGGAGGAUAUGGAGGUGGAAGAUGACGACGAUGACGGGACGAUGACUAUAGGGGAAGAUGACUGCGGGGAGGAGCGGGUGGAAGAUAGCGACGGGAAGGUGGGGCAUAUGGAGGAGGGCGACGAUGGGGGGGGGAAACGACAGGAAGGUGGAGACGAUAGAGAAGGAAAGGUGGUGGAGGAUAUGGAGAGGUUUCAGACGCCUGUCACUACAGAGGCCACAAUGAGCGUUGUCGUGGGUGGUUGUCCGUGGGCGAUGGACAUCUCAAGUAGGGGAGCAACCGUGCAAGCGAAUGUGUUCCCACGAUGCCGCACACGCUCACAAAAGGCGAUCCAGUUCUCAGAGCCCUUUGGGCCGAUUGUAGCAGCGGGACCUCGGUCGUGCGCGAUACUGCAGCGGCUGCGAAAUGGACUGGCUUCGGAAAGGACAGGCACAUUCAAGCAAAGCCAGAUGGUAGCGAGAUUGGGAUAUCAUGGACGACCUUGCAGUGAAAGAGAAUCGCAGAGGAGUGAGACGUGUGUUGUACUUGGCAUGUGUCAAUCACCAUUACAGGGGGUGAGCACUCCGAGAUCUGGGCCUGAUUCACGCUCUCGAUGUGCGUGGGCUGCGUAUCGGUGGUCUAAGUCUUCCGUUUUCGGGUGUGUAGGAGGGCACGGGGGAGGGGAAGGAUGCAGACUGUCCUCCUCCAGGUUCCCUUUGUCGGAUUCAGAAGGACGGGGGAAACGAAGACCCAAGAGCAAGAGAAAGCAGGGUGCCAUCAUUCCCCAGGCAAAGAGAGGUGACAGCAUAGACUAUGGAGAUCCGAUCAUCGCACCAGUGGCGUACUUCUUGCCCUUUUUGGACGGAGUGGAUUACGGUCGCUAUCUGUUGCGCGAGUUCCCGUUCAUGCGAAAAAUGAUUAGUCCUUUGGCGCCUGUUAUCUCAGUUUAUAACUCUAUUCCCUUCGGCAGUUUCAUCGCCUUCUUCUUGCUUUACUUAGCCGUUGUGCAAAACACACGCUAUUCCCGCUUCGUCCGCUUCAACACUAUGCAAGCCAUCACUCUCGACAUCCUGUUGAUUCUCCCUCGUCUCAUCGAGCGAUUAAUCAGUCCCUCCAGUGGCUUUGCUAUUCGCCUCUUCGCCAUUUUCUACAACACGGUUUUCCUAUUCUUACUAGCCAGUUUUGUCUUCGGAGUCGCUUCUUGCAUUUUGGGAAAGACAGUGCGGUUGCCUCUUGUUGGUGACGCCGCCGAUCAGCAGAUCAUGUGACACAUGACAUGCCUCACCAACGUAA